AUGCUGCUCGAAGAAGCAGCGUGUUUAGUGGAAGAAACGCUGGUACCUGUUAAAGUCAUGACGACGGCACAGGUUUUCCCAACGGGCUAUGCGCAAAAGUGCAUUGCACGAAUCAACGAGUAG